AUGUCAACCACAAAGGACAAGCCUACGGGCGAGUACCGCGAGUACUUGCCCGACCUCGGCAUCCCUCGUUUCACGACGAUGAAGGCGCAGGAUGCCCACGAGUAUGCCCAUGCCUUUAAGACGAAGCACAUUCCGCCGUGGUUGUACGCGUUGUAUGAGCAUUGGCGAGAUCUCUACGAAGAGCCAUUUCAGGGAAUCACAACUGAUGGGAAUGUACGCCCCAAUUUAUUUACCCUGCAGGACGAGGGUCUUCCCAUUGAAAGUAUCGUCACGUCAGUCCAGAAUCUGUCAAAGCUACUCAGCGAUGAACAGCGCAAAACACUUUCCUAUCAUAUCGACUCUCCCGAGUGGCGAACAUGGUCCAACCCAGAGUUCUUGCUUGCCCACAAGGGCCUUCGGUUAGACGAAGUCGACACCUCUAUCCGUGACGCUAUUCUCAAAGUUCUCGAGACUACCCUGUCACCAGAAGGGUACGACAAAGCAGUUAAAGCAAUGCAAAUCAACCACUUCCUCGGAGAACUGGUCGAGUCGCCGCAAGUCAUGAACGAAUUCUCAUACAAUUUCGUCCUUUUCGGGCGACCAUCGACCACACGGCCGUGGGGGUGGUCUUUCUACGGUCACCAUCUCUGCAUCAAUGUCUUCCUUUACAAGGGACAGCUUGUUGUGAGUCCCUGGUUUACCGGUGCAGAACCCAAUGAGAUCGAUUCCGGCCCUCAUAAGGGCACGCGCAUCCUCCAAGUCGAAGAGGCCCUUGGCCUCCAGCUCAUGCAAUCUCUGCCGGCUGACGUACAACAAAAGGCCCAAACAUACAAACAAAUGAUUGACCCCGAGAUGCCCGCGGGACGCAUCAACAAGGACGACCAACGACACCUGUGCGGUGCAUACCGCGAUAACCGAAAAAUCCCCUAUGAAGGCGUGCUUGUCUCAGACUUCACGGCAGACCAAAAAAACCUCGUCUAUGAAGUCUUGCAGCAAUACCUGCUCUAUCUGCCCCAAAGGUCUCGCGACAUCAAGAUCGCUGAGAUUAGUCGAUUUGAAAGCGAGACAUACUUCUCGUGGAUCGGUGGGUUUGCCGACGAAGACCCGUUUUAUUACCGGAUACAGAGUCCUGUCAUCCUAGUCGAGUUUGAUCAUCAUUCCGGCGUGUUUCUGACAAAUGAGGAACCUAAAAAAUUCCAUAUCCAUACAUUGUUAAGAACGCCCAAUGCGGGUGACUAUGGCAAUGCCCUGAGGCCGUUGAUUCCGCCUGUAGAGAGUACUGUUGGAAAACAUAUCACUUGGUGA